AUGUCCGACGAGCAGACCUUCAUUGCCAUCAAGCCCGACGGUGUCCAGCGCGGACUCGUUGGCCCCAUCAUCUCUCGCUUUGAGAACCGUGGCUUCAAGCUUGCUGCCCUGAAGCUCUGCUCCCCCUCCAAGGAGCACCUCGAGCAGCACUAUGCUGACCUCAGCUCCAAGCCUUUCUUCCCCGGCCUCGUCUCCUACAUGCUGAGCGGCCCCAUCGUCGCCAUGGUCUGGGAGGGCCGUGAGGUCGUCAAGACCGGCCGCACCAUCCUCGGUGCCACCAACCCUCUUGCCUCCGCCCCUGGCACCAUCCGUGGUGACUUCGCCAUUGAUGUUGGCCGCAACGUUUGCCACGGCUCCGACAGCGUCGAGAACGCCAAGAAGGAGAUUGCCCUCUGGUUCAAGCCUGAGGAGCUCCAGAAGUACAAGCACAGCCAGUUUGACUGGAUCUACGAGAAGGCCUAA